AUGUCUCUCAUCAAACGCUUGUUUGGAUCUCCACAACAUCAUCACACAUUCAGACCGAUUCGUUCCAGAAAUCCACUCUACAACUUUCUAUCUUCAUUCACAGACAAUGACAUUCUUCAACCAUUAGUACAUUCACCAUUCUCGACAUUCAACUCUCCACUCGUGGAUGUUAAAGAAAGUCCAACACAAUUCGAACUCAUUGCAGAUGUUCCUGGAUUCAAGAAGGAAAAUAUUCACUGCACCAUCGAUGAAGAAUCAAAAACUCUAAUUCUUAAAGGAGAGAAAGAAGAAAGUAAGCAAGACAAGGAUUCAGAAUAUAUUCUACAUGAACGUUUCAAUGUUGGUUUUUCAAGACAGUUCGAUAUUCCUGACAAUGUUAAAAUUGAUGAAAUUAAAGCAAGUAUUAAGGACGGUCAAUUGAAAUUAAUCAUUCCAAAGAGUGAAAACUAUGAACCACAACCAGUGCAUUCUGAUCAAGUUAAAAAUAUUCAAAUUGAGGAAUAA